AGUUCAAUUAAUUUAUUAUAAUAAUAUUCGCCCACAAUUGGAAUCUAGCUCUAUGGUAAUAAAAAAUAUGAAGCUAGUUUGAGACACAUGUCAACGCCCAAAAACAUUCACCAUUGAGUUUUGAGUAGAGUGCAAAACUGAACUAGUUAUCAUGCAUUUUAUGAUCAUUAUGAUAAUUAGAUAAGCGUCACAGUACCCUGCAUUUGUUCGCUAUUUAUGUAUAAAAGAGUUGGAAGUGAACUCAAUCAAUAUCAUUCGCAUCCUGCUCUUCGAGAUCAGCACACAAGCCAAAAAAUCAACAUGAAGUUCCUGAUUGUCUUCGUCGCCCUCUUCGCCCUGACCGCCGCCGGCUCUUUUAGCAAGGAAGCUCAGAUUGAGAGGCAGUCCUCCGAUGUCGGACCCGCAGGCUUUUCCUAUGACUUUUCCACCACCGACGGAGUCGCUGCUCAGGCCGCCGGACUGCUGAAGAAUGCUGGAACCAAGGAUGAGGCCCUCGCUGUCAAGGGUUCCUUCUCCUUUGUGGCCGAUGAUGGCCAGACCUACACCGUCACCUACGUCGCCGAUGAGAACGGAUACCAGCCACAGGGUGCCCAUCUGCCCGUUGCCCCCACCGCUUAAGCCAUCCAAAGAGUUGAAAUAAAUUGUUUA